AUGACCAAUACGUCUGAAUCGAAGGUUUCGUCCGAUGCUACUCAAAUGCUGCACAACGAACAGCCACAAGUCAAUAACAACAAAUUGGGAAAGGAAAGAUGUACCAUUCAUGACUUAGAAACAGCGGUCCCGCCAUCAUUCAAAGCGAGAAUCCAUAAAUUCCUUUUCAAUCAUGGUUUAGCUGCAAGGCCUCCGUACUUGCAAGAGAUCUAUGCACAGAUUCCUCGAAGAGUUUAUGUUAACACGGAUUUACCCGAGGACUCCGUUCAUCAAGAUACACAGAUGCCUCUUCUUGAAAUGCCACGAAACAAAAUUAGAUCCACAAAGUAUACACCGCUUUCGUUCAUUCCCAAGAAUUUGUUCUAUCAGUUCGAGAACAUUGCAAAUAUUUAUUUCUUGAUCCUUGUCAUUUUGGGAGCAUUUCAAAUCUUCGGUGUGGAAAGUCCAGGGCUAGCAGCUGUUCCAUUGAUCGUCAUUGUUUGCAUUACCGCGAUCAAAGACGGGUUCGAGGACUUCAGAAGAGUCGUUAGUGAUGCGGAGCUUAAUAAUUCGCCGAUACAUUUGUUGACUGGCCUCCACAACAAAAAUGUUACUACCGACUAUGUCAGCUCCUGGAGGAAGUUCAAAAAGAGCUGCACCCGUGGUACCGUCAAAACUUACAAGUGGUUUAAAAGAAUUUGUAUCAAUAUGUUCGCAAGCAAAGAGAAGAAACAGGAGUUCAAUCAAUCUAACUAUGAUGAACAAGGAACCUUACUAAAUCCGGAUGAAAAGGAGGCGAUCACCUACGAUAAUGUGCUUUUGCGUGGUUGUGCUUUGCGUAACACGAAGUGGGUCAUAGGUGUGGUUGUUUACACAGGUAGUGAAACAAAAGUGGACAUGAAUAGUGGAAACACCCCUGUCAAAAAAUCGAGGAUUUCCAAUGAGCUAAAUUUUCUGGUGCUCAUUAACUUCUUGGUUUUAUUCAUAUUGUGCUUUGUUUCCGGACUCAUAAAUGGGUUGUUCUACAACCGUGAGGACGAAUCUCGUCGUUAUUUUGAAUUUGAGCCUUAUUCUCCGACAUCUGCUGGAAACGGUGUUCUUGCCUUUUUUGUGGCCUUGAUCAUUUAUCAAUCAUUGGUGCCCAUUUCCCUUUACAUCUCCAUCGAGAUCAUAAAGACGGCACAAGCCUUCUUCAUUCACUCCGAUAUUAAGAUGUAUUAUCCUAAGCUAGACUUUCCUUGCAUCCCACAAUCAUGGAACAUCUCUGAUGAUUUGGGCCAAAUCGCAUACAUUUUCAGUGAUAAGACAGGAACAUUGACGCAAAAUGUUAUGGAGUUUCGCAAAUGCACCAUCAACGGAAAAUCUUAUGGCCUCGCGUACACUGAAGCAAAGCAGGGCAUGGACAAGCGGAGUGGUGUUGACAUAUUAGCUGAGUCCGAACGUUGGAAAAAGGCGAUCGAGAAAGAUCGUUCUGAGAUGGUUAAUAAUCUCGAGGCCUACGUGAAAAAUGAUCAAUUCAGGGAAUCAGCGUUGAAAUUUGUUUCCAAUCAGUAUGUUGAAGAUACUAUUCUUCCAGACAAGAUCAAUAACGAGGUCAAACUAUCAAAUGAGAAAUUUAUGUUGGCUCUCGCUGUCUGCCAUACUGUUGUUACUGAACCAGAUGCGGAGGAUGAGAAGCUUAAUGAGUUCAAGGCAGAGUCUCCUGAUGAAGCUGCAUUGGUAUCUGUUGCGAGAGAUUUAGGUUUUGUUUUCAAGCUGAGAAAUCGAACCAGCAUUGAAUUAGAGAUUUAUGGUGAACGUAAAAGGUUCGAGAUGCUCCAUUUGAUUGGAUUCACUUCAGCGAGAAAGAGGAUGUCGUGCAUCGUGCGUGAUGACGAUGGGCGUACAUUAUUGAUAUGUAAAGGCGCAGACAGUGUCAUAUAUCAACGGUUGUCCCGAGAAGCAAGUAUGGACGAAAUUCUUAAAAAGACAGCACUUCACCUUGAAGAUUUCGCCAAGGAAGGACUCCGUACACUCUGCAUUGCACAGAAGGAGUUGGAUCAAAAUGACUUCACUGAUUGGCUACUGCGAUACAAGGAAGCAUCUUCCUCUAUAGACGAUGAUAGAGACGAAGCCAUUGAUGCCCUCAAUGACGAGUUGGAAUGCAACUUGGAGUUGUUGGGUGGAACGGCAAUUGAAGAUCGAUUACAAGAGGGUGUUCCGGACUCAAUUUCAUUAUUGGGUGAGGCUGGAAUUAGACUAUGGGUUUUGACUGGUGAUAGGAUUGAAACUGCUAUCAACAUCGGGUUCUCUUGCAAUUUGCUCGGAAACGAUAUGAGACUUCUCGUUGUGCGUGUGAACGAGGACGACCCCGAGAACGUGAAUCACAUCGAUAACUUGCUUUCUGAAUACCUUGGUGAAGUCGCCGGAUUACAUGACCAAUCACACGCCAACAUUGAUGAAGCUCUCAAUCAAGCAAAGAAGGACGUAUCUAUGCCGAAGGCCAAUACAGCUUUGAUCGUGGAUGGUGGCGCUUUGACUCAUGUGUUUGGAGAUCGAACAGAAGACAUGAUGUUGCAGAAGAAAUUCGUUCUUCUUGGGAAACUUUGCAAAUCCGUAAUUUGCUGUCGUGUGUCACCUGCGCAGAAAGCUCAAGUCGUUCAGGUUGUGAAGGAAAAUCUCAACGCAAUGUCGUUAGCUAUUGGUGACGGAGCCAACGAUGUAGCCAUGAUUCAAGCCGCCAACGUCGGGGUGGGAAUUGCGGGUGAAGAAGGCAGACAAGCUGUAAUGUCUGCUGACUAUGCCAUCGGUCAAUUUCGCUUCCUCACGAGGCUUUUGCUCGUACAUGGCCACUGGUCUUAUAAAAAGCUCGCGGAGAUGAUUCCCUGCUUUUUCUAUAAGAAUGUCGUGUUCACGUUUACAUGUUUCUGGUUUGGCAUCUACAACGACUUUGAUGGAUCUUAUCUUUACGAGUACACGUUUUUGAUGUUUUACAACUUGGCUUUUACUUCGCUACCAGUUAUCUUUCUUGGAAUUUUUGAUCAAGAUGUCAGUGGUGCAGUGGCACUCAUCGUUCCACAGCUUUAUCGAUCAGGCAUAUUGAGUUUGGACUGGUCUCAAUUCAAGUUCGAUGUCGAUAUCAUCCGUGAGAAAAUGAGAGAUGGUGCUUACCAAAAUUAUCCUACUGAUUACGAUCCCACAGAUCUUCAAGAUGUGGAGAGGCAGCGUAUUUUACAACGCUUAAAUGAAGGCGACACCGAGCUUUUAGAGAAGGUCAAGAACGCAGUAGAGCCUAGUGAAGACAGAGAAUCAGAUAAUCAGCAGGAUGAUAACAAGGUCUCUAGAGCGUUUAAAUCCAUUCGCAGAGGUACUAUUUCAAGAUCCAGGAACAACACCUUACGUUCAAGAAGAGAAACUAUUAGCGAUCAAGCCAAGUUUAAUCAGAAGUUGCUUAUAGACAUGUUCGAUUACUGUCUCUUAAGCCUGUCCGACCUUGGUGGUUUUAAAGCCUCCAAAUUGGUUUUUGAUAAUGAGAUUCAGGUUAUCGCUGACCCAAGUUGGGAUGGUAACGAUGUGAAUGAUGUUGAGUUCAUGGAACAGUUUUUGAACGGUAUCAACUUAAUCCUCUUGUCACACUCUACGCCAGAAUUCAUCGGUGGUUAUGCUUUAUUAUGUUCUAAGUUUGAAUCCCUCAUGGCGACCAUUCCUGUUUAUUCGACUGUUGCAGUCAGCCAAUUGGGAAGGGUUUCCACAGUCGAGUUUUACAGGGCAAAGGGACUACUUGGUCCGGUGGCCCACGCAAUUUUCGAGGUCAGUGAUAUCGAUGAAUAUUUUGACAAAAUUAUACUGAUUAAGAGAGUUGAAAAAAUACUCAACCUCGUUGAUGCUACUUUGGCAAAUGGUGGUGCAGUGCUCUUUCCUGUCACGAUUUCAGGAAGAUUUCUAGAGAUUUUACAUCUCAUUGACCAUCAUCUAGCUGCAAUCCAAGGUGCAGCAAUACCUGUUUAUUUCCUUUCUUACUCUGGAACCAAAGUGCUAAAUUACGCAUCGGGACUCUCUGAUUGGAUGGCUUCGAACGUAAUGAAGGACCACGAAGGGUUUCAAAGUGAAGAUAAAGCGUUUUUUGGUACAUCAUUUGACCCUUCGAAGGUGGAUCUCCUUAUUGAUCCGUCCGAGCUUACUCGCUUCCCUGGUCCCAAAAUCGUGUUCGCCUCAGGAGUCGAGAUGGAAGACGGUGACCUCUCAACAAAGGCACUUUCAUUGCUUUGUCUGGAUGAAAAAACAACGAUCAUAUUGACUGAGAAAGGAGCUCUGCUGAAUAAGGAAUCGUUAUCAUCGCAGCUCUAUUCUGAAUGGCAUAAUCUUGUUUCGAAGAAAAAUGCCGGUGUCGUAGAAGAUGGCACACCAGUUCCCAUUGAAAAGCAUAUACCAGCAAACUUUUUUUUUGAUGAACUCUCCUUGAAAGGUACAGAGCUAUCCACGUAUCAAGCUGAGGUUUCUGGUCGCAGGCAUCAAAAAGCCUUGAGCAAAAUGAAGUCUAAGCGGGCUUUGAAUCUCCUUCAUUCAAGUAUUCAAUCAGAUGACUCUGAUGAAGAUGAAGAGAUGGAAAAUGAUAAUUUGUCGGACGAUGUUGAUGAAUUACCGCUCGAUAAUCUGUCUUCGAACAUUAGCAACAUUACUCAUUCUGACCUGAAAGACAUUGUCGGAGAUAUGGUCGACCCAGGACAUGAUGUCAUUGAAGCGCAAGCGCCAAAAAACGAUUUUUCUAUCGCUUCGAGCACGGGGGGUGAGACAUAUCAAUCAUCGAGACUGACCGUGCAACCAAAUGUGCUUUCUGUGCCAACUAUCGACGAGAGUUACAUAACAGAUUUUAUUCUCGAAAGAUGUGAAAACAAUAAGCCUGUGGAUUUCCGCAUCACCACGAGAUUCCGGCCUAGACAAGCAAUGUUCCCGAUCCUUGGCUCUAAACGAAAGAAAGUCGAUGAUUACGGGGAAGUGAUUGACCCCAAAAGAUUUAGAAAGGAGGACGAGCAAAAUGUGAAUUCAAGACUCAUAUCUGAAAGCAAGAAGAAGUUUGAAGAAGGACAUGGCAGAGAAUGGGGCAAUGUAGAUGGAAGAAGGGAGAGGAAUAGGAAUGAUCGAGAGAGGUUUCUAGUGGACAGCAAGCUCACGCCUCAACAAGUUUUGAACAACGAUAUUUUAAGAAAGUAUCUUGAUACCACGUUCAACCCUAUUAAAAGGGUGAGAAUGAAUAGACGCACAGGGAUUGUGAUUCGUUGCGGAUUAGCCUUCAUUGAUUUCUCGGGCUAUGCAGAUGCACGUUCUAUGAAUUUGGUGAUUUCUUCGCUCAGACCUUCUCAUCUUAUUAUAUUGCCAGAUAACUCAUUUAAGGAGGGGCUACAAGCUGGUAUCGACGGAGCCGCUCUUGUUGCUAAAGCGCACAAACGAACUGCGAGUUCCGAAGGGUUCUCAAGCUCUACCAUACCAUCUGAAGUUGUCAUGAAGCUGAGCAGUUUCUUCUCUCAAAAAUCUCUUAAGUCAUCGAUAGCAGCGGAGAUGCAAGUGAGUGUUGCCAAACCCAAUGCAACCAUCGAAGUUGGCAAAACUGGUCAUAGUGUCAGCACCGGAGAAUUUGAGAUAUCCAUCGAUGACGAUCUUUGGGCUGAACUCAGCUGGCGGUCUAUCGACAAAAAAUACAAGGUAGCAUAUGUUUCUGGAAUUUUCGACGUCUGUGCCAAACCCUCCGAAAAUGGACUGGAAAACUCAUCUGAAUCUAUCGUGCUGAUCGAUCUCAAAGCCUCAUCUGCUUCGCAAGAUUUAAUUGAACUUGAUCCCAUCCCUUGCGGCAAAGAACAUGAAGGAACGCAGGCAAUUGGCCUGAUAAGAAUGCCCGAAUUGAAAAAGAAAUUGAAGACUCUUGGAUUUGAAGCUGAGUUUAAAGGCGAGGGAACCUUAGUUGUGGAAGAUGCAAUCGCCAUUAGGAAGUCAGAUGCCUAUGAUAGCAGCGAUAUUGGCCUUGGUGAUAUUGUUAUAGAUGGCCAGGUGGGGCCAACUUACUACAAGGUGAGAAAAUGCAUUAGGAGCAUGUUAGCAUACGUUCAAUAA